CGGCUCAGCGAUUCAGUCCCAGCUUGGAUCUCGUUACCCGUGCAGCACAGCGAAUUGUGGAGUAAUUGUUCCCCCGUGAGACGUCGAAUCAGCAGCUCAACAAUGCGAAUGUUCGUACUUCCUUGUCUCGCCGUGUGCGUGGCAUUGGCCCACUGUGGCGGAGCAGUCGAGGAUAAGAAGGCCGAAGGCGAUGGCAAGACGGUGGAGAAGAGAGGACUUCACCUGGGCGACUACCACCACUACCAGCCCCACCACGAGCACAUCAAGACGGUGACCAUCGAGAAGAAGAUCCCCGUCCCGUACACGGUCACCAAGCACGUGCCCUACACCGUCGAGAAAAAGAUCCCCUACGAGGUGAAAGUGGAUGUGCCUCAGCCUUACAUCGUUGAGAAGAAGGUGCCUGUCCAUGUCAAGGAGUACGUGAAAGUACCCGUCCAUGUGCCCAAACCCUAUGAGGUGAUCAAGAAGAUCCCCUAUGAGGUUAAGGUGCCAGUCGACAAGCCGUACGAGGUUAAGGUGCCCGUGCCCCAGCCCUACGAGGUGAUCAAGAAGAUUCCCUAUGAGGUCAAGGUCCCAGUGCCCCAGCCCUACGAAGUGAUCAAGAAGGUGCCCCAUGAGGUUAAGGUCGAGGUCCCGGUUCCCAAGCCAUACGAGGUGAUCAAGAAGGUGCCCUAUGAAGUCAAAUACGAGGUGGAGAAGCCAUACGACGUGGAAGUGCCCAAGCCCUACGAUGUGGAGGUCGAGAAGCCGUACACCGUUGUCGUGGAGAAGAAGGUGCCCUAUGAGGUCAAGGUUCCCGUCGACAAGCCCUACAAGGUUGAGGUGGAGAAACCCUACCCCGUCCAUGUGAAGGUGCCCGUGCCCCAGCCUUACACCGUCGAGAAGAAGGUUCCUUACACCGUCGAGAAGCCCGUGCCCUAUGAGGUCAAGGUGCCCAUCGAGAAGCCCAUUCCCGUCUACACGGAGGUGAAGGUGCCCAUCCACAAGGAGAUUCCAGUGCCGGAGAAGUACCACGUCGAGGUGCCGAUCUUCAAGCACCACCACGAGGACCACCACGACUACCACAGCCACGGCCAUGGACACUACUAGGGAUCGCCCGCUGAUAUCCAGAGCCAGACGCACAGAAAGCGAGCACAAGAAGAAGGAGGACGAACAGGGAGGAGUACGAGGAGCAGCAGGCGUGACACUGACAGCCAGUCCAUCUGUAUCUCUCAGAUGCAUCCACGCAGCAACGUUGAGCUGGACGUUGAACGGGUGACACGAGCGGGAGGAAAUGUAGCCGAUGAGAGGCCUAAAGAACUCGCAGGGUUCUUUGGCCAGGAGGAGGAUGAUGAAGAAGACGAUGAUGAAGAAGAAGAGGAGCCAGAGCAGAAGAGGGAGAGCCAGCGGGGAGUAGCAGUCAGAGGACAAACUAACUAGCUACUCCCAUUGAGAUCUGGCGGAAGCCGGCGAAAACGGUUUCCGCAUCAGUUUUAAGCCAAAUGUGUUAGUACUUUUAUCUUCGUGUUAGACCCUAUGAUUUCUAUUUAAAUUAUAAGCUAAAGAAACACCGA